AUGCCCAAGAGGUUCUCCUCUCAUCUGUACUGCCUCUUUCUCUUCUUCUCCUCCUCACUGACCCUGGAUGACUUGUUUCUCAAUCACACCGACCUUGAUAAGGCAGCGAGGACGGGGUCUGUCCCCAAGAAGCAUGCUUUCUCCGUGGUGUGGAACAUGCCCACUGCCCGUUGUAUGAAACGAUAUGGAGUACAUUUGCCUCUGAGCCAGUACAGUAUUAUACACAACCGAAAACAGAAAUUCCUGGGUCAGAACAUGAGCAUAUUUUACCAGCGUCGCCUUGGCCUGUAUCCGUACAUCACCCGCGAUGGGGCUAGUGUGAACGGUGGCCUCCCUCAACUGGGAGACUUGAAGAAACACCUCCAGUUAGCAGAGAAGCAGAUCCGCACGCUCUUGGGGGGAAAUUUCCGUGGUCUGGCUGUGGUGGAUUGGGAGGCGUGGCGACCCAUAUGGGGGCGUAACUUUGGCGCUAAGCAGGUGUACCAAACACUGUCUGAAGACCUAGUUUGGCAGAACCAUCCGGAAUGGUCAUUGGAAAAAGUGAAAUCGGUCGCAAGGGCAGAGUUUGAGCAAGAAGCGAGGUCGUUUAUGUCGGAGACGCUGCGUCUCGGAGUGCGUCUGCACCCGUCGGGGCUUUGGGGCUACUACGGCUUCCCGGGUUGCUAUAACAACAACGGGCAAACCAAGCGUACUUAUACUGGGCAGUGCCACCCUGGCACAGAACAAAGGAAUGACAGGUUGGCAUGGCUAUGGCAGCAAUCCACUGCUCUUUUUCCAAGUAUAUACGUACAUAGACGACUAGCAGGGCACAACAAUGCCAGGCUUAUGGUACGUCACAGAGUGCUGGAGGCCCUCAGAGUUGCAUCCCAGCAUGCACUGGGCUCUCAAGCUCUCCCUGUGCUUCCCUACACCAGGCUGGCCUUCACACACACACUGCAAUUCUUGAACCAGACAGACCUAGAGAACACACUUGGUGAAUGUGCAGCACUAGGGACUCAGGGCGUGGUUUUUUGGGGAAGCCUGAGUUUCGCCAGGUCAAAGCACCAGUGUAUUCUGCUGAGGGAGUACAUUACUUCGGUUUUGGGGCUGUACGUGGACUCUCUGAGGAGGGGCGUACAGCGCUGCAGCGAGUCAGUGUGUCACGGGAACGGACGCUGCGCCAGACGUGACCCGCUCUCCGAUCACAUGAUCCCUCUCGUUGACCCCGGCAGCAAACCCGUCCACGAGCUACGCUCAGCAUUCCGCUGUGUGUGUUUCAAACACUGGAGCGGAGAAUGGUGUGAUCAAACACUUUAG